GAAGGGUUUCCAGCAAAAAAGGGGUGAAAAAAAAUAAAAACCAUCUUCUUGUCUGUUCUUUCCAUGUUAUACACUUUCGCAUGGCGCCCUUGAAUUGAUAGGGUAGCCCAAUAGAGAUAGAAAGAAAGAGAAAUCUGAAUUUUGUUGCAGAGUUGAUCAGACAAGUAAACCAACCACGGUUAGAUGGUGACUCUAAGAAUCACCUAUCAUCAUCAUUUCUUCACGAGAUUUUGCUUUCAAAGCCAAAACCCACUGAGAAUCUGAACUGAUGCCUUUCUGUGGCGAGAUGUCAUAGUAGUUGCCAUCUGUUGUUUUUUCCUCAAACACAUCAAUAUUGCUUAGCUUUGUCUUUUAAUUAAAUUGGCUUCUUCUACAUAUCCAAGCUGUUUUCCUUCCAUCUCUUUGUUUUAUCUCCGAGGGUCUUAAAAGAGUUUGUUACAUGGACAGUAAAUGGUUCAAGGAUUCAAACAAAUAAUACAUCAUCAGACUAAGCCACCUUUCUUUCUUGUGUUCUUUUGCAAUGUUUCACUACACAGUAAUGUCUAACUCAGCUUCUCUGUCUGAGGAAGCUAGUGUCUCUUCUGUCUCUAAGGUUCAAGAUUUUGGCAGCUUAAAUCCUAUGGUUCAGACCAGUUCAUCUCAUCAGCAGCCUCAGAAGAUCAAGAAGAAGAGAAAUCUCCCUGGAAAUCCGGACCCUGAUGCUGAGGUGAUUGCAUUAUCACCAAAGACACUUCUGGCUACAAAUCGUUUUGUUUGUGAGAUCUGCAACAAGGGAUUUCAGAGAGAUCAGAACCUUCAGCUUCAUAGGAGGGGCCACAACCUUCCCUGGAAACUGAAACAAAGAAACAACAAAGAAAUCAAGAAAAGAGCGUAUGUUUGCCCAGAGCCCACGUGCGUUCAUCACCACCCCUCAAGGGCUCUUGGUGAUCUUACGGGGAUCAAGAAACACUACUGCAGGAAACAUGGGGAGAAGAAAUGGAAGUGUGAGAAGUGCUCAAAGAUAUAUGCAGUUCAAUCAGAUUGGAAAGCUCACACAAAAACCUGCGGAACUAGAGAAUAUAGAUGUGAUUGUGGUACCCUUUUUUCCAGGAAGGAUAGCUUCAUCACCCACAGAGCAUUCUGCGAUGCUUUGGCUCAGGAAAGUGCAAGACUCUCAGCAAACUCAGUACUCGCCGCAACAGCAGCAGCCACCGCCAACCCACAGCUCUUCCGUCUAAAUUUCCAUCAGACCACCACCACCCCAUCAUCCCUCUUCCCAUUCCCGCCAACCCAACAUGAUCAACAGCAGCCCCACUUUCCAAACCCUCCUACUCCUACUCCAACUGAUCAUCACAUUUCCCUUAACCACCCUUGGGUCGAUUCUUGUCAAAACCCUAAACCUACCCAAUACCCAAACCAACCACAACUUCUUCACGAUAUCAAGCCUGAAACCCUCCACCUUCCCAUUUCUUCGCCGUUUUUAUAUCAAGAACCACCGCCACCAACCCACAAGAGGAUCAAUAUCCCGUCAUUAAUACCUGUCCAAACCCAGCUCAAUGACACUGCCGGCGUUCAUCAUCUCUCCGCCACCGCUCUCCUUCAAAAGGCGGCCACCCUUGGUGCACAUUCUGUUGGUCACGUCAACUCUGCUAUGACUCAGCUCGACAUGAGCACCAUUGGUCACGUCACCAAUGGAAUCCCGCCUGAGUACUCGGGCUUCACCACCUCCGCAAAUCUUGCUGCGUGGCAAAAAAGUGACCGUCUCACCAGGGAUUUUCUUGGCUUGACCGGUGAUCACCAGUCAUGUGGCGGCGGCGGCGGCGGUUCUGUCAACGGGAAUGGAAAUGGGAAUAUUGACGUUAAUGUUAACGUGAAUAUGAGAGGUGUGCUAUCAUUCACCGGGAGCGUGGAGUUCCCGGCCACUUAUGAGCGUGACCUUUCACUGCUGAAGCACCAGAGCUUUGGUUUUGCUGAGCCUGCAGCCUCGGAAGCUUGGAGAAAUUGUUCAAGAGUUUGAUGCAGGUCUCGACAGAUUAUGGCGAUGUGCUUUGCAAUCAACAAGUGAAAAAUUAUUGCUUUAUGCAUUUAUUUUCCCUUUUUUUUGUUCUUUUGGGUCUUGGCCUUGGCGGAAAAUGCUUAUAUAUUUGUUCCUAGGUUUAUUCUGACAUUUUGCUUAUGAGGUCAUGACUUCUUCUUGUUCUUAUGUUAAACCUUCCGGGUCUUUUAUCCUACGUCAACCU